AUGUCACUCUGGUAUGCUGUGAUAUUGGCAUUAGGAUACAUCAAUUCUGAGUGUAAAAAUGUUAAUCGAUCGAUACGCUCGAAGGUGUAUAAUAAUCAUUCAAAUGACAUGCCAAUUAACCCUGUAAAAGUACAACAUCAAAAACACAAUCCAUGGCGUACAAAAUUUAUGAAAUUUGACAGUGACAAUGAAGAGGAAGGCAAUGAAAAUGAUCAUGAUGAAGAUAAUGUAGAGGAGGGAGAGGAAGUUUUGGAUUCGGAAAAAUCCAAAACUUCCUCUCAUAUUGUUAAUCCAACGGGCACGUCAAAAGAUGAUAACACUAUUGAAAAUGACAAUGAAUAUAAGCCAAGAGUGUGUGGCCAAGGCAAAAGAGGUAUUUUAAUAUACCAACAACAAGACUAUGGCAUUGCCAUAAUGGGAUUGAUUGAUAAGGGCACAUUAAAGUUAUAUGCCGGAAAUAUAAUUUUGAAGGAGAUCUCAUUGUGGAAUAUCAUCUCACCAAUUGAGAUGGCUAAUAAUAAGUGCUUUUCUAUACGACAACCAACGCAAUUACCAACAAUUUUAUGUGCUGGAGGAAUUGAUUCUAGGAAUAGGUGGGUGAAUGCUCUGGAAAGCUCACGAUUGUGUCUAAUCACAAAAGUGAAAUAUUAUCUACCCAUUUCGAUUGAUAAAGAUUUCGUUGAACCCGAAGAUCCUCCUCCAUCUGGAAUAAAUGUUUUUAUUGCCGAAUCACAAUUCGGGAAACCCGAAAUAGUUAUAAACGGAAAAACAUUGGAACAGAUCAAGAAUGACGAGAUGGAAAGCAUUUCGACAAGUGAUGAAUAUGGAACAACAUUGUGGAAUGGUGAAUUACAGAAACCUGAUUUUCAAGAAGAUGAGUUUAAUGGAGAUGAGUCUAUGGAAUCUUUGGCUGAGGCGGAGAUGAAGAAGGAUAUUGCCCCGGAAUUUGGCCAUGCCAGGAUGUUCUAA